CGGCAACGCUUCGAAGUUAGUCGCUGCACGCCGCGAGUGAUUUACUGCUUUUAACUUAAUUUUGCCGCGUGGAUUUCGACUCUGUCAUCUUCUUGGAUGGCAGCAGUAGAAACCAGAGGUGAUAGUGGCGCCUCUGAACCUUCAGAGAGCCCCAGUUCGAAAGAUUGCAAAGCUUCGUCGAGUCCAACUCAAAGUGCUUCGUGGCUAGUCGGUGAUGUAGUUUGGUCAAAAAUCCCGGGCCAUCCAUGGUGGCCUUCCAUGGUUUCAUACGACCCCAACACGGCUGUUUCCUUCAAGUACAAAGGAAGGGCAAGAUAUUAUCACGUGCAGUUUUUCGGCCAGGAUCCCUUUAGGGGCUGGGUGUCCGAGAGAUCGAUUCUGAAAUUUGAAGGUCGACAACAUUUUGAGAAUUCUCUCCAUGGAAAGCAACUCAAGAUUGCUCAAAAGCAUGUUGCACCUUGGGAAACUGCAGUGAAAGUAGCAGAAAAAGCAAAGCCUAUGAACCGGCAUGAACGCCAGUUGUGCUACACCUUUAAGUACUAUGACAAAAAUGAAGGGAAACGUCUUCCCCCCUUGAAAAUGAAAAAGUUAAAUGGCUUCACUUCGUUACCAGAGCAAGUGAACGGCAUGGUUGAUGAACAUGCAAAUGAAAUGUCCGAUCUCGGUAAAAGAGAAACUCCGAUUCCGGAACUCAAGGACUUGAAUGGAGACGCACAUUGUCCUAAUGGAUUUAAGGACAACCCAAAGAAAGUUGCUAAGGAGAAGGUGCAGCGUAAAAGAAAACUGACUGCUGUAGUGGUAGCUUCAAAAUCUGUUUCAAAUGAUGUUGAAACUCUGAAAAGUGUUGAGCCCCCAAAGAAAAGGAAGAAAAGGACUUCCAAGCAAAAUAAUGAAUUGGAUUCUUCCAUUUGCUCGGAUGUUGCCACUGACAAAAUAGACAUAUCAAUCAGGCUUAAGUUGCAUGAAAAGUGUAAUGGCUUGUACAAUGGAAGUGUUAGUCCUCCUAGAAUAAAUGGAGAGGUUUCCUCUUUUGGAGCAAGCAUGGAGGUAUCACCAAACACUGCUCUAAAACUGAAAAUCAGAAAGAUAACACCUAAACAGAACCAACCAGAAGGAAAGCGUAAGAGAGGGCGGCCUCGAAAUCCACAAUUUGUCAUUGUUAGUGAAGAUCAAAAGGAAAUGUCAAGUCAUUCCCCUCUGCCAGUUAAUGAAAAAAGUGGGAAAAAUCCAGGCAGUGGAAAGGAAUUGCCCACGCUAUCAGAGGAAACUGGUAAGGACAAGACUCAAAACAAAAAGAAACGAGUCCGAAAACCCACCAGAAAGGCUCUGAGUGCUAAAGAAGUGGCAGUGUUGCCUACUAACGAAGUACCAGUGUUAGAGGAAAAAGAAAAAAAGGUUGAAGCUAAAAGUAAAAAGGUUGAAGAAAAAAAGAAAGAAAUGCCUGAGCCAAAUACUUCACUUGAAAGAGAAGAUAGUCUGGCAGGUAGUGUGGAAUCGUCAAGCGCAGGGGAUGAGACAGGAAGCGUAAAGAAUGGUGCAACCGCUAAAAGGGAUAAAGAAGCUGUUUGUAUUGUCUGCGAACAACAGGAAAGUCUAAUAUUUUGCGAGGGCAUCUGUGGCAAUGCGUUUCAUUUGGAUUGUAUAGGGCUGUCAGUUGUACCGAAGGGAAAGUUUGUCUGUGAUGAGUGUGUGACUGGAAAUCACUGCUGCUUCGUGUGUAGACAGACAGGAAAUGUCAAACAGUGUUCACAGCCACUGUGUACAAAACACUACCAUGAGGAAUGUUUGAGACCAUUUAAAACUGCAAAGUUUGAUGGUGAUCGCUUUUUUUGCCCACUCCACUUUUGCAGCACUUGUGUUACAAACAAGUCUUCGGUGUCGAGGGGACGAAUGAUUCGUUGUGUACGCUGCCCAAUGGCAUACCAUCUUUCUGGCUGUCUUGUUGCAGGUUGUAUUCCAAUUAGUUCUCAUUUUAUGGUGUGUGCAAAGCACUUCUUACGUGAGAAAAAUAAGGCACACCACACCCAUGUCAACGUGAAUUGGUGUUUUGUUUGCUCCAUUGGAGGCACGCUGAUUUGUUGUGAGAGUUGUCCUGCUGCAUUCCAUCCCGAGUGCAUUAGCUAUGAGGGAAUUCCUGAAGGGCAUUUCUUUUGCAAAGAUUGUACAGAAAACAAACAGCUUCUUUAUGGAGAUAUUGUUUGGGUCAAGCUUGGAAUGUACAGGUGGUGGCCAGCACAGAUUUGCAACCCAAGGGAUGUUCCUACAAACAUUCAGAACAUGCGACAUCAGCCGGGAGAGUUUCCAGUUAUGUUUCUGGGCUCUCGUGACUAUUACUGGAUUCACAGAGGUCGAGUUUUCAGCUAUCAAGAAGGCGACAAAGGCUCAACAGAUUCCGGUAACAACAAACAUCUGGCCAAGAUUUUCAAACAAGCUCUUGUUGAGGCUAAACAGAAAUAUGCAGAAUGGAGGGUGGCACAAGAGAACAAAGCCGAACAAGAUCUUCAGAAGAUGUCCAAGAAACCAGCUCCCUAUAAACACAUAAAGGUAAACAAAUGCACCACAGCUGUCCGAAUGCUGAUUGAUCCUUCUGAGCUCCCUGUAUGCGACUGCUCACCAGAUAGUGAAAACCCAUGUGGUCCUGAGGCCAACUGCCUGAAUCGCAUGCUGCAGUUUGAGUGUAAUCCAACACGGUGCCUGUCAAAGGAGAAUUGUCAGAACCAACGAUUCCAAAAGAGGCAAUAUGUUGAUUGUGAACCAUUUAGAACAUUACAUCGUGGAUGGGGGCUGCGAUGCAAGGAAGAUGUCAAAAAGGGCCAGUUUGUCAUCGAGUAUGUUGGGGAGCUCAUUGAUGAGGCCACUUGUCAAGAACGUGUGCGAAAAGGCGAAGACAUCACAAACUACUACAUGCUGACGAUAGACAAGGACUGCAUUAUCGAUGCUGGCCCCAUGGGGAAUCUGUCGCGGUUUAUGAAUCAUAGCUGUGAUCCAAACUGCGAGACACAGAAAUGGACGGUCAAUGGAGAUGUUCGGGUGGGACUUUUUGCCUCGCGGGAAAUCAAGGCAGGUGAAGAACUGACGUUUGAUUACCAACUGGAUUGCUUAGGGAAUGAAAAGAAGAAAUGCCACUGUGGUGCUAAGAACUGCAGCAGUUUUCUUGGAGUGAGACCCAAGAACCAGAUCCAAGAUGAAAAACCGAAAAAGGCAGGAGACAAGAGAAAAAAGAAGAAAAUCAAAAAGCCUGUUGUCAAAGAAGUUCACGAAGAUGAAUGCUACAUCUGCGGUGAUGGUGGUGAACUUCUCCUGUGCGACAAGGUAGGCUGUUCAAAGUGCUACCACAGGGACUGCCUCGGAGGUAAUGUCACCACUCGUGGCAAGUGGAUCUGUCCAUGGCACUUCUGCGACGACUGCGGCAAGACAGCAAACAUCUUGUGCUCUGAAUGUCCAAAUUCCUACUGUAAAACUCACGCGUUUGGUCAAAUCACAGAGCUAGGAAAUGGAAUUCCUGUCUGCUGUGACCACAUUCUGACACGGAAGAAGACAACACAAAAUCAAGCAGAGGAUGACAAUGACGGUGAUGACUCGGUGGCCAGUGCUGGUAUUGAAUAGAUUCAGCUCGAAGUCUGGGGCAGAUUUUACACUAUGUUUUUAGUACUGUUAGCAGAUUUUACUUUGUAGAGUUAGUGUUACACCUUUCACAUAAGAAUAACCUUAUUUGUAUUCUGUACAUGUAUGUAGUUGUAAAUUAGGGACGUUGGAAGCUUGCAAAAUAGAUUUUCCUCAGACGAACUGACUGUAUUUUAAGUUAUUUUGUAAUUCGAUCAAGAUGCAUUUCCCAAGUGCAUUUCCUUUGGAUCCUGCACGUUGAAAAUGAAUCAUAAAACAAAUUGCCAAAAUGAAGGGAGCAUGGCUUGUUCUUGAACACUGGCUGAAUAUUAUUACCUUCAUUAUUUUUCAACAUUUGACAGAUAUUUCCUUAGACAUGACAUUUUACAGUAGGGAUCUAAUAUGUUACUCUUGCCUGUUUAACCUGUUUUGACAUAAAUAAUCUAUGAUUUCAUUCAUUACAUUCAGGGCAAACAUUAAUAAAUAAAUUAAAUUGGACAAACCUGCAGCUGGCAAAAAUAGACUCUUCUUGUGCUCUUGUGCAAUUUUUCAAGUUUAAUAGUCAACAACAGUUUUGAACCUGUUCUGUUAGACAACUUUCCAACUUGGUUAAGUGUUGUCGUGAAUCAAAUAGAAGAAGGAGAUACCUUUAAGAGUAAUGUUGGGCAAUCGACCCAGCUAAGGUGCUUUGACUGUCUGUCCAUCCCACAAUCAAUCAUACUAAUUUCCUGUACAUUUCUUCUGAUGUUCUCUCUUGUUUGGUGGAAGACAUUAUCCCAUACUUAAUGAUUUUCUGUACUCUAAAUAUGAGAAUUAGGGAGAUGAAUGCUUGGUUUUAACGCAGUGAAGUUUACUACUAUAGUUUUACAUUUUACUCAACCAUAACACAAACUGAUUAGCCAGGUUGUGAAUUGCUUUGAAUGCUUUGCCUGUGAUUGAUGACAGUUAAUAUUUGAAGUGACAAACCUAGAGGGCUUACAUAGAUAAUAGCGCUACCAUUUCUUUUAUAUGUCUUCUGAAGUGCUUAUAUUUAUUUGGAGGUUUAAUUUCAUUUCUAACUUAGCGAUCUAGAAUAUUGUGGAAAGCAUGGAAGUAACAUAGGCCAUGCAUUCAUUACUUGCCUUCAAUGUUUAAACCCCUUGCUUUCUAAGAGUCAAACUUGGCAUCCGGUUGUAGUUCUCUUUAACUGUAUGAGUGGCUGGCUUGGUAUGGGUAGUAAUGCCUCUAUGUGACCAAUGACAUGUGAGCUAUUUAGCAAUAUGUUCAAGUAACGCUUUUAGUUUCCUUUACAAAGUGUUUCUAACUUUGAAGUCUGUGGAUGAAACCCUAGUGUGUGACCAUUCAAAUGGUAGCUAUUGAGCAGUACUUUCAUGUGGUACUGUUUAUUAUGUUCCAAGGUUGCUCUAACACCAAACUUGUAAGUUUGUGGAUAAAACCCUAGUGUGUAACCAUUGGAUAAGGUGCUAGUGAGCAUUACUUUCUUUUGGUCGUGUUUGUUUUUCGGAAAUUUCAAAUCUUCUCAAUUUUUACCUCGAAGGGGUUACAAACAUCUUAGGGGGGGGGGGUAGAGGAGUUAUUACAGUAGAUAGUUAUUACAUUUCCUUGUGACAAUCAUUUGCGGCGUUUAGCUUCAUCACAACGUUACAAAUCCAUUUGUAUCCAGGUUGACAUUUUCUUUGCUCAAGUCUGUUAUUAUCCCAAAAACAGACUCUAAUUCAUGACAGGUAGAUUGUAGCGUGACACCCGUUCCGGAGUCACGCAAGGAUGUGCACCAUAGGCGUGACUCCGUGUUCCGGUGGUAAGUUGUUACAAUUUGUAGACUAAUCUUUUUUGUAUUUUUUUUAAACUAAAAUUCAAUUUUGCUGGGAUUGUAAGGAAUGGCUUCUAAUGUUGGAAAGAAAGUCUUUACUUGAGAGUUUUAUUCUUUGUUUGCAAUGUUGUUAAUUGAUUGCAGUGUUUUUAAAAUCAUGAUACCUGGUCUCUGUAUUGACCUUGAAAUAAAUGACUGUCGUAGCA